AUGGCCGCGGCGCGGGCUGUUUUCAACCGGGGUGAGGGGCGAGGCCGUGGCGAUGGUGGCCGCGGCCGCUUUGGAGGUGGCGACGGGGGACGGGGGCGUGGCCGUGAUAGCCAUGUCUGGACCCGCAAGACGGCGACGGGGGCCUCCUCCUCCAACGCUCCGUCCGGAUCUGACGAGUCUGGCUUCGAUCGAUGGGAGAAAGCUGCCGGAACGCAGCAGGAUGAACUGGCCCGUCAAGAUCGAUGGAAAGCCGAGGGGGAUGGCUCGAAUCCUCACAACAACGACAAGAUCCUUUCUCCUGACAAGAUGCGUGAACCCCCUGGUAUCCCUGACCAUUUAGUUACUUCCUCUGAGCUUUGUCAAAUCUGUAGCCAUGCAGGGCACUUCACUGCCAAGUGUCCGCAAGCUCUUUGUGUUACGUGCAAAAAGAAAGGCCAUCUAUCUGUGAUCUGUACUGAUUUUCUUCCCUGGGAAUGCAUACCUGCGAUGUGUGCUUUCCAAGCCAGAGGGCAGGGAUUUCACUAUAUUCAUGAUUAUUCUGUUGGUAGUCAGACUAGUGAGAGGAUAGUCAAGGUCAUUAUUACUAUUGUUGAAGGGGAAGUUACCACCAAACAGCUAGUAGAUGAGUUUGAAAAGUAUAUUGGUCAGGGGUGGAGAUGUUCGGCUCACCUGAUUGCUCCUAAGCAAUAUGUGAUGCGUUUCCCUAACCAAAGAGAGGUGGAUAAAGCUCUGUUUGUUGAAUAUAUUCCUCUUAAAUCUUUGGGAGUAGUUGUCCGUAUAACUCCUUGGUCUGAGGAUGUAGAAUCUGAGGGUCUGCUGGAAGUUGCUUGGGUGAAAAUUAGUAAGAUCCCACCUAACAAAAGAUGUGACAAGAAUGUGGCUUACAUUGGGGGACUGGUUGGGGUGACCCUGGACAUUGAUAUGUUGACCCUCAACCGACCAUCUUCUGUGCGUGUCAAACUGGGGUGUCGAGAGGUUGAUAAGCUGCCUACCUCAGCUGAAGGAUGCUUAGGGGGACGGUUCUAUCACUUUCAUUAUGAGGUUGAAGAGGUCCUGGUGAGAAAUAUCACUCCUGAGGAAGAGCCGGUUCAGGUACCACAUUACGCUGUUCCGAAGAAUGGCACUCCUAAACGCAAACAAAAUGACACACCCCCUGGUGAGGAUGACAAGCCCUCAGAGAGAACUGAAAAAGCUAAAACCUCCUCCUACCGUGGCGGCAAAGCCUGUUGCUUGCCAUCACUUACGGAUGAGGAUCAUAUCCCUGCUGACAGUUCUUCUUCUGAAAGUGAUAAUGGUGGGGCUAACAGCCCGUUGCUGAUUGAGAAACUAGCCCUGGAAAUGGCUGCUGGUGCUACGCAUCAAGGGGAUGAGUACUUGCUGUCUCAGAGCGACAUCUGCAAGCAUGAUCCUGUUGAUCAUGUGGUUGCUAGUGAUCACUCUUCGCAGGUGAAUGUUCUACCUGUUAGUACCUCUCCUGUUUUUGCUAUUUCUUCAGUUACUAAUUCAACCCAGAUCUCUGAGGUGGUUGGAGAUAUGGGAUCAGACCUGAAGGUGUCCAUGGACUACACGGUACAGCUUCCUCAUCCUGACUGUGAGGAGAUUAUUCCUACACCCCCCCUCGCGCCUGAGAUUCACCUCCGAUUCAGCCAGCGCAAUCCCCACCUCCAACAUAUGAAUAUGGAAACAAGAGCAGUGACCCUGAUCAAUGCCAAAAACCUGACAGGUAAAACCAAACCCAAUAAUAAGAAUACUUUUGCUGCUCUUGGUGAUUCUGAACUUAUAAGCCGUGCCUCCAAGAUGGGGGUCCUAAUCCCUGAUAAUGAUUUUUCUUGUAUUAACAUUGUGAGGGAAUUAGAGACAGUUAAGGCCAAUCUGAUUGACAAAAGCACAAACCCUCAAGUUAUCAUUGAUGAGGUGUUUGUUACUAAUGGUCUUGGCAAAGAUACCCCCCUGAAUUUAACCUGGCUUGAUGAAGAUGAGAUGGCCAAUGAUAAGUUAGUUAAAUCCAGAUCUGCUAAGAAAAGCAAGAAAAAAUAG